AGUCGCUGAGGUAUACAGCGGGGACAGGCAUGGCUCCCGCUUCGCUGGCUGGGCACCGACCGCGGUCACUGGCCGUCUGGGCAAUGGCGUCUACAAAGAGAAAAGCGUACCCAAGAAGUCAGCACUCCCGGUUUGCUUUGAAAUAUUCCACAGCUGCAGCAGAGAGAAAGAGAUUUUAUCAAGAUGUCAGCAUAUCCCAAGCUGAAGGUGGCCUAUAUGAGAUAAACCUUGACAGAAGGAAACUGAAAACUCCCGGGGGGAAGUUGUUCACUGUGCCAAAUGAAGCCCUGGCCAUCGCCGUGGCAACCGAGUGGGAUGCUCAAAGAGACACACUCAAGUUCUACACUAUGCACCUGACUACCCUUUGCAACACAGCUCUGGACAAUCCCACCCAGCGUAACAAGGACCAAAUGAUCAAUGCUGCUCUGAAGUUCCUGGAGACUGACACUGUCUGUUACAGAGUAGAUGAGCCCCAUGCUUUGGUUGAGCUACAGAAGAAUGAGUGGGACCCUGUGCUGCACUGGAUUGAAAACAGAUACAAUGUCACUAUAGGCUCCUCGUCCAGUAUUUUGGGCCCUGAGAUCCCAGAGGCAACCAAAGACACGUUCCGACAACACCUGAGUUCUUACAACUUUUGGUCUCUGACAGGGCUUGAGUAUGUGAUCACCCAGCUCAAGUCUAUUGUGCUGUCGAUGGGGAUGAUUGACAGACAUCUGAGUGUGGAACAGGCUGUGCUGCUCUCCAGACUUGAGGAGGAAUACCAGAUUCGGCGUUGGGGAAAUGUAGAGUGGGCCCAUGACUAUGACAUGUAUGAGAUGAGGGCACGGACUGCUUCUGGAGCUCUCUUUGUUCACCUCUCAUCUGAGAGUUCAACUGUCAAGUCUAAACUUCUGCAGGACUGAGGAGGAUGAGCUCAAACGUAGAACUCUGAGAGCGCACAGCAAAUCUUCCCUCAGACCAAGAACACCCCAAGCUCCUCAGUUUAUCCAUGCUUCUGCAUCCAUGCGUGACAGCUGCUCUGUUUGUGAUCUGUUACAGAGGCAUCUCACUCCGGCACAACAUACUAGCUGUCUUUUUUUGCAGUGUUUAUAUGUGGCAGCUGCCAAGAGUGACACCCCUCACAGAGUUUCCAGUCGGUUCUCAGUCAUCCAUGACAUUUUGGACGCUGGUGAUUACUGCUGUUGUCUGUUUGGUGGUGGAAUGUUAAUUCCUGGGCUGCUUUUUCUGUGUGCUACAUGUGAAUACUGGAAGGUACAUAUGCUAUUCUAACAAAAGACGAUCCAUAGUAACUGUGCUGUGUGUAGAUGAAGGCACACUGCAUGUGAAAAAUAUUCACUUGCAGAAUGUAAAACAUACUGUAUUCAAAGUACUGAGAUUGUCAUCAUUAAUGUAUGUAUUUGGGCAUUUUCAAUGUUGUAAUUAAAGAUUAAAUGUUGUACAGAGAAAA